GUGCCCUGUGGCCUCUUCUUCAUGAGCCAAAGUCAGUCCCACAACCGACUAAGCCACUCAGGUGUCCCCCAAAUUCCCAUAUAUAUUAAGACUCCCCUUAUUAUUAAGAUUCAUUAACAAUUAAUCUUUCCCCAUUACACUAACUCCUGUUUGCUUCUAUGUAUCCCUUUUUGCCUUUCUAUCUACAUUAUUAAGAACUCAUGGCUUUUCACUGACUUAGCCUCACCCAAAUAACCACGAUCGUAAUCAUCAUCAUCUAUUAUUAUUAUUAUUAUUAUUAUUAAUAUUAUUAUGUAAUAGGUGGGGACUUCCCCAUAGGUGCACUGGGAGCACUGCUCUGGACAUCCCUGAAAGCAUCCGUGCCCCUGGAGCAGUGGAUACUGCAGACCCAUGAAUUCAGGAAUUCAGUUUCCCCCCAAGAAGUCUCGCUCCCUUUGAGUGAAGAAACCCCCCUGGAUACCCAUGACAGCAGGACUCUGACCUGGCCUGGGAGUGAGCUGAGUGAGGCUGAAGUGUCACCUCCUGCCAACCUGGAUGCAGACGCAUCCUGUAAGGAAAACGCUGCGAUCCCACGGCUGACCCCAUGGCCCAAGAAGCGCCAGAGUGCACUAGCUUCAUUGAGGACACCAUUGAGUAUUUCUGGAACUCGGAGACCUGGGAUGAACUGGAUCUCCUGCUGACUGACCAGGAAGCCUGGGAGAGCUUCGUGGCUGAGGCUGACUUGCCCAGGGAGGAGUCAGAGGUGCUACUUGAACGUCUGAGAGUGCUGGAAGAAGAGCUGAUUACAGAGGACAUAAACUGGCUCCAGAGUGACUCCCAGGGGAGGAAGUGCUUUUUAAAUGAGUUUCCCGGGUUGAAACAGGAGCUCGAAGAGCAAAUACGAAAGCUCCGGGAGUUUGCUGACGGUGCUGACGAGGUACACAGGAACUGCACCAUCGCCAACAUCGUGGCCAGCUCCACCGGUGCCGCGUCUGGCAUCCUGACCUUGCUGGGUUGUGUUCUGGCCCCUCUGAUGGCAGGGGCCAGUUUGGCACUGACUGCAACUGGGGUGGGGCUGGGAGCAGCAUCUGCUGUCACCAGUUUGUCCAGCACAAUCGUGGAGAAUUCAACAAUGUCAUUUCUGGACGCUGAAGCCAGUCAGGUGACAUCGGCUUGCAGUGACCAAGGGGAGGCAGAUGCAGAGGAUGUACGCUAUAAACGACUCCGAAUUAGGACCUCAAGACUCAAAAACACUAGGGCCCUGCAAAACAUUGGAAGGAAUGUUGUUGCCAGGACCAUGCGUGUGGUCACCAAAGGCAUCUUCAUUUGGAUAGAUGUUGCCGACAUUGUGGAAGAAUCAAAGCAUUUGCAAGAGGGGGCAAAGUCAGAGUUGGCUGAAAAGUUGAGGAAGGUAGUCAAGUUGCUGGAAAAAAAGUUGGAGAGGCUCAUCCAGACUCAUGAACAUCUGUAGAAGACCCGACCCGUGAUCUCCAAGCAGGGCAGGGAGGAGGGUCAGGAAUGGGACAAAGGCAUGGAGGUACCUUGUUAGAGGGGAAUGGGGGAAAGAUAAUGUUUUUGAGGGGCGCUUGGGUGGCUGAGAUGGUUUAGCAUCUCUUUGUUUCAGCUAGUUCACCAUCUCACGAUCCAUGGGUUCAAUCCCUGUGUCAGGCUCCUCGCUGACAGUGCAGAGCCUGCUUGGGAUUCAUUCCUCUCUCCUUCUCUC